GUAUUUAUCCAAAGUCGUGAGCGCAUAGGGCACGCGCAGCUUGUCGUUGGUGCUGUCGGUGUCCUACCAGCAUCUGUUCCUCUUUUUGGAACAGACUAAUGUUUCGGCCACAUCAUUUCCCAUCGGGAAUAAUUUGUGCGCUACUUUCAUUUUAAUCACCGAACCGUGACCGUGAGAGCGCAAAUGCGCAUCGGUCUGCGCAGCUUUGAAUCUUCAGAACUAGACUGUGGACAAUCUCCCUGACAUCCAAAGACCUCUCCUCCGCAAUCCGACGAGGCUUCUCCACCGCCUAUGGCCGCACAUCGGCAUCCCUGAGCCGCUGGCCUCGUCCCGGACCUUUCAGCCAUCGCUGUCCUCGAAAGGUCUUUGAAUCAAGGGAGACGUACACACACCUUUUUUCUUUUUUUUUUUAAACAUCCUCUGCUGACUAUUUUGUUUAAAGAACCCGGUGCUAUGCUGGGCCCAUCUAUCUAGAUCUUGUGAUUAAUACACGAUCUCUCCUCCCACAUUCGUCCGACCGAGACCCUGGUACUCUCAUCGAGCCCCGACAAUGCAUCCCAACGCAGUGAUGCUGGCGGUGGUCUUUUUGGGGAACUUGAUGCUGCCUUUCAUCUCGGCUCAAAACGCUGGGUUUGUGAAGUCGCCAAUGUCUGAGACUAAGCUUACGGGGGACACCUUUGAGCUGUACUGCGACGUGGUUGGUAACCCCACUCCAGAGAUCCAGUGGUGGUAUUCUGAGAUCAACCGAGCUGACUCCUUCAAGCAGCUGUGGGACGGAGCCCGCAAGCGUCGGGUAUCUAUCAACACAGCCUACGGCACCAAUGGGGUCAGUGUGCUCUGCAUCACGCGCCUCACACUGGAGGACUCUGGGACCUAUGAGUGCCGGGCCAGCAACGACCCCAGGCGCAAUGAACCCCGACAAAACCCUGCCAUCACCUGGAUCCGCGCCCAGGCCACCAUUUUGGUGCUACAGAAACCAAAGAUCAAUGCCUCUGAUCAGAUCAUCCUGUCAGCGGACACCCCAAUCAAACCAGUUACACUGCAGUGUAACCUCACUACUGCUCAAACUCCCCACAAGGAAAGCUACUGGAUGAAGAAUGGAAAGGAGAUCCCUGAUACACGGACAGAGCAGAUGAACACAGCAUACAGAAUCAAUAAACCACGGGCAGAUGUUUCUGGGGAAUACAUGUGUGUUUACACAUUUGACAUGGCACCAAAUGCAAACGCCACAAUUGAAGUAAAAGCAAAACCUGAUAUCACUGGCCACAAGCGAAGUGAAAAUAAAAAUGAGGGAGAAAAUGCUAUGCUUUACUGCAAGUCUGUUGGUUACCCACAUCCCACCUGGACCUGGCGUAAAGUGGACGGAACAUCCUACACGGACAUUGACAACUCAACUGGACGGUUCUUCAUCACUAACAGGGACAACUACACAGAGCUCAACAUAUUGAACCUGGAUAUAAACACAGAUCCUGGAAAAUAUGAAUGCAAUGCCACUAACGUGAUUGGAAACACAGCUGAGAUUACUAUAUUACGGGUGCGCAGCCACCUUGCGCCACUUUGGCCUUUCCUAGGUGUGCUUGCAGAGAUUAUAAUCUUAGUAGUCAUCAUCGUUGUGUAUGAGAAACGCAAGACGCCAGAUGACAUAAUUGAUGAUGAUGAACCAGUUGGGCCAAUGAAAACAAAUUCAACAAACAACCACAAGGACAAAAACAUUCGCCAGAGGAAUACAAAAUAAGCAAUUUACUCAAAUAAGAUGGCUAAACUGCAUUUUUUUGACUACAUGAAGGUGUCAGAGGUGGAUAGAGCUCCGAGCAGUUUUGAAAAAGCAUAUCUUGUCUCAUUUUAUGAGAAACAAUAUCAGCAUAACACUGGCAACAAAAAGAACAUAAUGGCUGUCUUAAGCAUGCCUUAUUCAGUCUUAACGUGGAGAUUUCAGGAUGAUGAAUAACGACUAAAACCACCACAAAGGUGUACACAUU